CAGCGCCACGAGGCGAGAUCCACUGCGGUGGCUGCUUCCACACAUUUCGGUCUUUCUCCAGAUCGCAAGUAUUUUGCGCGCUGCUACUUUGGGAGCAGGUUUCUUGCUGUCCAUUUUGAGGUGAGGCUGGGCGCUCCACUGCAGAGUGGCCGCGUUUGCAAGACUGUACAUCCGUAUUGCCGACAGGUUUUCAGCCCGGUCAUCGAUGCACUUACGUUGUCUCUUCUUUUAGGGCCCCUCUUUUGUACCACAAUGCAGCAAGCUGUAGAAAGAGCUUUGGAUCGUGCGGAGUACAUCAUUGAAAGUGCCCAACAGAGACCCCCGAAAAGGAAACACUCAUCUAGUGGGCAAACAUCUCUCUCGGAAAAACUUUAUGACAUUUACGUUGAAGAAUGUGAAAAAGAGCCUGCCAUUCCGGAGGAAUUGCGAAGCAACGUGAACUUGUUAGAGAAGCUUGUUCGGAGAGAGUCGUUGCCGUGUUUGGUGGUCAACCUGUACCCAGGAAAGGAGGGCUAUUCCCUGAUGCUCAAGGGAAAAAAUGGAUCAUUUUCGGAGAGCAUUCGGCUGCCUUAUGAGGAAGGGGAAUUACUCGAAUACUUGGACGCAGAAGAAUUACCCCCUGUUUUGGUGGAUCUCCUGGAAAAGUCUCAGGUUAACGUUUUUCACGAUGGGUGUGUCAUAGCUGAAAUCCGGGACUACAGGCAGUCCAGUAACAGGGAACCUCCCGGUUACCAAAGCAGGCAUAUUCUCUUACGUCCCACGAUGCAGACUUUAGCCUGUGAUGUAGAGGCCAUAGCCAGCGAUAACCAGAAAUGGACCCAAGAGGACAAACUUUUGCUUGAGAGCCAGCUGAUCUUAGCCACAGCUGAACCACUGUGUCUAGACCCUUCCAUAUCAGUAGCCUGCACUGCCAACAGAAUGCUCUAUAACAAGCAAAAGCUGAACACUCUCCCCAUGAAAAGGAGCUUCAAGAGGUUUUCUUCUGCGUCUCUGAAUCGGCAGCUGGAGCUAUAUCAUUGUUCACCUCCUCCAGAGCUAAGAGUACUGGCUUCUUGCAAAAAAAUAAGGGAAAGUAAAACAGGUGAGCAUUAUGGCCUCAAAAAUUUUAAAGCAGGAAAUUGUGUAGAUACAUGGAAACAGAGACCCUGUGACUUGGCAGUACCUUCUGAAGUGGACGUGGAGAAAUACGCUAAAAGUAAGAAGCCUGUCACACAUGAUGACUCACAGCCAGCGGUCCGGCCAGCCCAUGAGGUACAAGAUGGUUCUGUAUUUGGAUAUGAGGCUGCCCCUCAGUCCCAGGCCACAAAGCUGACCGUCAGGCAGCCAAUUGAUAAUUCCCUUUCCUUGGGAAAAAGGUCUGGUAAAGAAGCCCCAUGGGAGAGAGGCCUGUUCCCCCCCCACUCCCCUGAAGAUGGCCAUUCCAAGAGUUUCGUGUCGGGUCUAAAGACUGAUGCCAGGAGGGUGUUCAUUGGGUUGGAGGAACUGGUCCAGGAGAGCGCCCAGUGUCCAGGCCAGAUGUCACCUGGCUCUGGUGGCUCAGCCGGUCUCAGGCAACCUUCUCCAAGGAAAGAAGCAGAACAGCCUAAGACUGGGUGGGUUCAGUCUUCAGUGCUGGGCAGGGGAGCCAAACCUCCACCUCCCCCCACGAGAGUUCCCUGGCACCCAGGAAAGAGCUCCUGGGGUGACCGUUUUACUUCGCUGCAGGCGGGUAGCUCUCCUGCGUCUCUGUCUCCAGCCCCUGCUCCUGAGCCACCGAGUAAAUCCUCUGUGGAGCUGAAUGGAGUUAUUUCGCUUCCUGCCGCCACCCCAUCACAGAGGAUCCCCGCCGCCGCCGCAGCAGCCGGGAUGGCGGCCCCCUGCGCCGGCCUGAGCGUCACCAGAGUGGCGGGCCCUGGUCGCGGAGGCCAGGCCUCGGGGAGCAGCUCCGCCACCGGGGCCACAGAGCCCGCAGGGAUCCCGCCGGGCCACCUUCCUCCCCGAGCUGGGUCACCCAGUGCACCGCGGGCUGCUCCUCCUCCAAGGCAGGUUCAACUGCUUUUGCAAGGUGCUCGCGGCCUCAGGCCCUUGGCCCUGGUGCAGCUCCCCCGCGGUUCCGUGCUCUGGAACAGCCAGCGCGGGGCCCAGCAGCCGCCGCCCCAGCGGCUCUACCAGCUGAUCCCAGAGCGGCCAGGGCAGCAUCCCUCCGCCGCGGGUCCCCCGCUGCCAGCGUCACAGGGUCCGAGGGCACAGAGUUCGGUGGGUCCAAAUACAGCCCUCCCUGCGCCGCGAGCCGUGGUCUUGGAGCGCAGCAGACCGCAGGGUUUCCUGCAGCCCCAGGCACUUGUGUUGUCUCAGCCGGGCUCCGGCCAGAGCCCCCCUAGGCCCAACCGCCCUCAGCAGAGGGCCCGGCGCGCCGCUGCUCUGCAGCUGCACUGGAGGGUCGUGCAGUGCCAGGUGGCUGCGGCCACGGUCACGGCCACGGCAGCCACGCCAACGGCCCCGGCGGCCCCGGCAGCUCAGCCCUCGCCCGGCCAGCAGACGGCCGGCCAGUCACAAGGUGCAGUGAAUAGAGGCCCGCCAGGCUCUCCCAAGUCCUGA